AUGGCGAACGUAGAGGAAACUGUAGAUUUUGAGCCAAAGGAAGAUGAUCUAAUAGAUGAAGAUGUUAAGGGUUCAUCACCUAGGGCACCAAUUCCAAAGCUCAAAUCAGUCAUUACUACUACCGACGGUGGUUCUUCUGGCUCUAAGAAAAUCAAAGGUCCUGGUUUCUGUGAAGAGACUGCUGAAGCUGAACGUAAUGCUUACCUUUUUGCCAGAUUUGAUUCUCUCAUGACCGAAGGUGGACCUAGACCUGAAUGAUCCAUUGAAGGAUGAGUUAUUUUAGUCACUGAAGUUAAUGAGGAGGCACAAGAAGAUCAUCUUCAUGAUACAUUUGGUGAGUUCGGGGAGAUCAAGAAUUUACAUUUGAAUCUGGAUCGUCGUUCUAGAUUUAUCAAGGGUUAUGCGCUUAUUGAAUAUGAAAACUUUGAAGAAGCAGAAAGAGCUAUCAAUGAAAUGGAUGGGAAUGAGCUGCUCACUCAGACUAUACAUGUGGAUUGGGCAUUCAACAAAGGUCCCUUUAGAAAGAGAAAUGCUGGGAGGAGUGAAGUCAUCAUUUUAAAAGUUCAAACAGGUGGCGAUUCUAAUUCUACGUACUCCUUUUUACAAGGAUUGUGUCACUGGCUUCUAUAG